AGUGAGCUGGUGAAGAUUCCGGAAGAAGUGAGAGGAUGCUGCGGCAGGACAGCAAUGAUGAGACAGAAGAUGUUUCCCUGUUCGAUGCUGAAGAUGAAGGAACUAAGGCUGCAAAAAAGAAAAAGAUAAGACACCCCAUUGCUUCAUUUUUCCAUCUGUUUUUCCGGAUGAGCGCAAUCUUGGUGUAUGUGCUUUCUGGGUUAAGCAGCAGUUUCAUUGCCAGCAUGGUGACAAUAAUUUUGCUCUUGUCCUGUGACUUCUGGGUUGUGAAGAACAUAACAGGAAGGCUGAUGGUGGGGCUGAGGUGGUGGAACCAGGUGGAUGAUGAUGGGAAGAGUCACUGGGUGUAUGAAUCCAGGAAGGCAGCUCAAGGAAAGAAAUCCAGCUCUGAAGCAGAGUCCCGAAUCUUCUGGUUAGGGCUCAUCACCUGCCCCAUCAUUUGGGUGAUCUUUGCCUUCAGCACACUCUUAUCCUUUAACUUGAAAUGGCUGGCCGUAGUUAUCAUGGGGGUAACGCUGCAGGGUGCAAAUGUGUAUGGUUAUAUUAAGUGUAAAGUUGGCAGUCGCAAGAAUCUCACCAGCAUUGCUACCAAUUACUUUGGGACCCAGUUCCUCAGACAGACUUUUUCCAGAGAGAACCAAGCAGAAUCCUGAACACCUUUCCUACAUGGACUUACUUUUAUUUUGUUUCCACUGAUAAUCAGAGACAAUUAUUUUUUUUUAGCAAAACUCGGAUCUUAAACCUUCCUUGAAAUCAUUUCUGUGCUGCUUUUGCUGAUUGCAGUUUGUAAGGUUCAUACUGGGGGUUGUUGCUCACACCACUGACACUAACAGAGACCUUGCCAUCUUCCUGCUUGGUGAUCACUGGGCCAAAAUGAAGAUACAUCAAACUAAUCUGCAGCCCUGGCAUUAACUCCUUUUCUACUGUUCACAUUUUAUCUACUAGAAGUGCAACUGCUGUUAAGUCUUUCUUCCUUGGCUACGAGUGUAAAUAUGUAUUUAUGGAUAAAGGGGAUAUGCAAAUAAAGGCGAGUGGGAAAUAAAGAAUAUUUCC